AAGAAAAUAAAAAAGUAGACGCCAAUUCGGCGGGUAAAUCAAGAUAGGACAUGAAAUAAAACUGAAGAGUAUAAUCCCAGACUUACUACAGUGCACAGUGCUAGUGUACAAAGCUAUUGAGUUCUAGAAGACCAUGGCAACCAGGAAUAUAUCUUUGUCUAAAGAGCAGAUUCUGACAUCUCCAAGGCAACUGGGGUUGUGCCUAUUGAAGCUGAAGACGUCACCUGUACCUGUACCCGUACCCACCCCUAGCUCCUCACCACAUGCAGCUGAUCUUAUCGACCUGCUCAAUGAAAACCCGUUAAGCUCUCCAGACCUGUCACAAUCCUUUUCUGUGAAAAGCAGGCAAACGGACAUUCUCUCAUUUCUGAGUGGAUCACAAUCCGAAACCGAACAAUCACCCAACGAAUGGACACCAUUGGCACAAGGGACGGAGACAGACUCUGUAGUCAGGUCCUCGAAAUCAUCACGAGCUCUCUUCCCAUCAAUACCCACCGGCACCAAGCCGGGACAAAAAAAUCAAAGAAAACGAAAGCUAUCUAACACCUCUGAAGGCAAACCCAGAGCUGUCAAGAGGAAGAAGAAAGAAGACAUGGAUCAAAUGCAGCUGGACUGCGGCCAAAAGCUAUUGGGUCAUGUGACAUGUAAGCUGUGUGGUAUGGUAUACACACACACCCAGCUGGACGAUCAAGUGGAGCACUCGCGAUUCCACAGUCGCUUUGUAGCCGGAGUCAACUUUCCUGGCUGGAAAAACGAGAGAGUGGUUGCUAUUCUGGAGUUUGGUCGAAUCAUAAUGGUCCUACCAUCAGAGUCAAAACAGCACUCCAAGAAGAUGGAAGACAUUCAGGCAUUGGUUGACCAUGACUUGGGCUACUCUGUGAGUCCUGGGCAGGCUAAGAGAGUGUUCACUGUGUUUCUGUGUGUGGCCAAACGAAAGAUCAUGGGCUGUGUCUUCACUGAGAGAAUUAAACAGGGUUAUGAGGUUUUGUGUGACGAGUCCUCAUCCUUUGACAACCUUACUGCCUGGUACAGCAGCAAUGAGCCCCAGCCAGCCGUGUUGGGGAUCAACCGUCUAUGGGUAGCAGCAAACUGUCGUAGAAUGGGUGUGGCUUCAAAGCUAUUGAACUCUGCCAGGUCUUGUCUCAUACCUGGGUCAGUCAUCCCCAAAGACAAGAUGGCCUUCACAGACCCCACUCCAGAUGGAAAACUUUUUGCCUCCCACUACUGUGGAAGAACUAACUUUUUAGUAUAUAGAUAAUCUUACUUCUCACUUAUGGUAAACAUUAUUUAUGAGACAGGUGCUCUUAUUAUGUGAAACAUUUAUGUGAUGUCA